CGCGAAAGAAAAUUCACACAAGCAACAGCGAGGAAGGAGCGCAGCAAAGGCGAGCGGGAAGCAAGCGACAUUAAAAAGUCAGAUGAAAAAGUCGGAUAUCGCAAAGGAGGCUAAGAUAAUCCCACCUAACAAAUACUGAACAAUGCCACUUCACAAGUCAUCUCGAGCCCCGCGGCUGGACCCAACCAUGAUCUCAGCUCCUCUUGGGGACUUUCGCCACACAAUGCACAUCGGGAGGGGCGGGGACACUUUUGGCGACACGUCUUUCCUAUCCACCAUCGGCCCCAAUCCAAGAGCAUCUGAAACGAGUAGCUCAGAAAUAUCCUCUCCACCUCCAACUAUUGAACCUGCAGUGCAAGUCGACCACGUGGAUACGAAUGAGACCUUGCAUUCAGAGUCAGUGUCAUCAUUCACAUUAGAUCUAGACUUGGAUCUUGGUCCGUCUAUGCUGGGAGAUGUUUUGGGGGUGAUGGACAGUUUGGGAUUGGACGAAGAUGUGUUUAGUCCCACAAGUAGUGUCUCGCCAGUGGAAAUAAACCAGCCAAAUGGUGCCAUGGAGACGUCUGUGGAUUUGAGAAAUGAGCUAAAUGGAAAAUCGCUGGAUGAGAAUGGAGUGGAGGGAGACAGCAGAAUACCAGAUGGGAAUAGUUUCAGGGCAAAAGCUUUACGACCCAAAGUUAGAUUUAGUGACAAACGCGAGGAGAUCAUUCGACAGGCAUCCGAAGAAGAGGAGGGACAGGGAUUUGAUUUUCAAGAUCAAGAUGAGAUGGUGUGCCUUAGUCCCACGAAGGGAGACAGCGAGAUGGAGAGGGGGGUCAUCAUGGGAACAACAGAGGUAGAACUACCCCCCAGUCCGGCUUCGUCACACAGCUCGGAGUAUGAGGGGGUCACUGCAUUGGACAGGAGGAAGGUGGACAUUUGCCAUUCAGAAACUGACUCAGAGGAGGAAGAGGAGGUCGGAAAGGGCUACACUUUUGAAGAUGAGUUUGAUGAUGAAAUAGGCCUAUAGAAGAUAAAGACAGAAGAGAUUUCACAAUAUUUUGCUGUUAAAUAAGAGAGUACACUGCAAAAAUAUCUGGAAGAGUUAGAGGUAAAUUGAAUUCAAAAUAUCUUAAAUUAAAGAGGUGCUAUGCAAGUCUUUAGGUGGAGGGUUCAAAACCUUCUUUUCUACAAGGAGAUGUUGUCUUGCCUGAAAUGUUCCACAGAAUAGCAAACAACGCAGCCUGACAAAAGUAUUUUUACAAUUAAAAAAUCUGUAAUGCAAUAAAGUUUUGGACUGGUUUCAAGAUAUCUUUCGAUAGAUUUUGUAAUUCCAAGUUAUUUGUCCAAGACUUUACUCCACUGAGAGGUAAUUAUUUCUUAAAAGAAUUUCCUGUAACAGUUGAGGAAUACAAUAUGUAACUCAAGGAAAUAGAUUAAUAUGUGCGAAUCAAAACAAGAUUCUGAAUUCAAGCUAUUUAUAACUCAUGUAGUUUUAUAGUGUACAACUUUCUUGAGAUUGGAGGGCAGGUUUAUUACGACGAACUGAUGCAAGAUGAACUGACUCAAAUACUUAAGCUAUUCAGUUUGAAGACAAUGUUACUCAACUGGAAAAACAACAUUUGUUUUUUUUGCCAGAGCCCCAAAACAUUCAUUACAUUGUAACAGUGAAAGAUUAGCACUUUUAAACACGUCAUAUUCUUGACAUAUCGCUCAGUGGACAUCUUCUCAAGCCUUAUUUUUAAUUAUGUAUUUUUAUCUUAAGUGCUCAAAGAAUUUCUAAUGUGCCUUAAAAAUGAGCUCAAAGCUGUUAGCCUGUACUUUACCCAAAUCUUAAUGACUAUCUAUGUUUUGUAUUAUGUCUUUAAUGUUUGUUUUACAACUGUUAUCACUACAAAUACAUCAGGCAAUUGAUUAUAAUGACCAAAUGUGAAUUACAAUAUCACUUCAAAAUUGGGAAAUAAACUGAGACUGAACAUGGACUAGAACAGGGAACUGGAGCAAAACAGGACCAAAGUCUACAUCAAGACUAAACUUGAACUAAACUUGGACUAAACUGCCAAUUGUACUUGGAUUAACCAGGAUUAAACCAGGACUAAACCAGGACCAAAACUGGACCAUGUCAACAUCAGGACUAAACUGGGAUCUAACUAGAAGUGUGAACUCAAAACUUUGUGCCAGAUUUGUUGAUAUAAACCACACAAUUUUGGGUGUGUUCACAUUUGCUCACUAACCACAUUAACUGUGGGACUAAAAAAAAAGGAUUAGAAGAACAGAACUCAACCAAAUCUACAUUAAGAUUCAAACUAGCCUCAGACCAGGUGUGAACGGAGCCAAAGUUUUACUACAGCAUCAAUUAUCUGGUUCUUCUUUAAAGCUAGAAAACCUAAGAGCAACUAUUGAUAGACACAAGAAUGAUUUCCUUUGUCAAUGUAACAUUUUCAAACAGAUGUUGAAACUGUAUUUAUCUGGUUAAAUGAAUAACACUAUACUUGGACAUAGACAUGCUGUUCAUUUUUUCUUAUUUUGGAAUUAAAUCUUUAUUAUAUGUGUAAA